AUGGUAAUGGGUCUUGACUGGUUGGCGGAGCACAAGGCGGCCUGGUCCUUCCCUUCAGAUGAACUGCGCGUGUUCGUGGAGGGGCAGUGGAACAAGUUGUUACUUGUUCGCAUAAACAAGGAGAGGGGACUAUCUCUCAUUCUUCCCAUACCGGCCGGCGAGGUACCCAAGGCACCAAGUUCGACAGAAACCGGACAAGGGUCAUGGUUUUGUGCCUUGUUGGGAAACCCCAAGGCCCCUGACAAACCCGGAGGGACCGGAGAACUCAGAGAUGAGGAGCAACAGGAGGAGAAGAAUGAUGAAUCACCUUGGCCGACUGCUCUCGAACACACUCGUUUUGAUGAGUGGACAAAAUCGACAGCGGCGGAGGGAACACCUCACGCCAUCCUAGAAGUGUUGAGGGAGUACAGAGCCGUAUUCCCUGACCAACAUCCUGCCGGACUGCCACUGGCUCUUGUCACUGCCCAAGACAACUGGCCGUCCGCCUACAACAAGUGUCCCGUUUUCCGUGAACCUUACUUGUCGGCCAUCAGAACUCCAGGAGAAACCGUACAUGUGGAGCUCCGACAACGUCGCUAUGGUUCACGCUUCCAGCAUCCAUACCUGAGAAUAUGUCACGACGACCUGCCACGCACAAUCACAGGAAAUGACACCGUCUUGGUGUUUGUGGACUCUCUGAGCAAGAUGGCACAUUUCGCACCUACCCGAAAGACAGUCUCCGCAGCGGACAUGGUGGUGCUCUUGGCUGAUCGCUUAAUCAGAUAUCACGGUUUCCCGGAUACCCUGAUCUCCGACAGGGACCCACGUUUUACCUCCGAGGUCUGGGAGGCUCUUUGCUCGCGUUUCAACAUUCGCCGGGCGAUGUCCUCCCCAUACCAUCCACAAACGGACGGGCAGACCGAGCGGGUGAAUCCAACCCUGGAACAAAUGUUGAGGACAUACAUACAGACAGAUGAACAGGAAUGGGAAAAUCUUCUUCCCGCUCUCGAGUUGGCGUACAACAACACUCCCCACUCCUCCACCGAGCUAUCCCCCUUCGAAGUGAUGAUUGGGGAGAAUCCGGUCACCGCAGCUGACCUGGAUAUAGUAGGAUCUUUACCACCGACUCUUUCUCCUCCCAUGACUAAGCUCUUGAAGCGGCUUUGUGAUCGGGCUCGGGCCCACAUCCUGAAAGCAAAAUGGAGGCAGAAAUAUUACGCAGAUGCUGGACUUCGUCCCCUGGAAUAUAAGGUUGGGGAUCAAGCAUGGUUUGAACCACGGUACCAGGGUCCCUUUUCGGCCCUGGAGCGUAUCCGAGAGGUGGCUUAUCGUAUUGCCCUACCCAGGACUUAUACAGGGCACAACGUCUUCCAUGUAUCGCAACUGGUUCCCCAUCGCCCAAGAUCUGCGGCACAAGCACCACAGGAUGCCCAAGCAGGGUGGCCACCAGUAUGUGAUGCUGCAGGCAAUCGUACGGACCAAUUCCUCGUGGACUACAUUAUGGACCAGCAGGGUCCAGGGGAUUCGGCUCGUUACCUGGUCAAGUGGCGAGGCGCCCCAGGAGAACGGGCCACGUGGGAACCAGCACACCAUCUCCACGGCUGUCCUGCCCUGCUCCGUGCCGGAAAGAGACGCAGACGUCAACACAUACAGGACUCAAGUGAAACGGAGAGGAGAGCAGGCGAAGUGAGGAAUGAAGAUGAAGAAGAAUGA